CUCCUCCAACUCCAAGGCUCACACCACCCCGCGACGGGCGACGCUAAUUAAGUAGAGCUGCAACACCUGGGUUGGAGGCUAGAGCUUGCAAACACCACCAGCGAAAACGUCGUGGCCAGCCAUCCCGGUGUCGUCCCGCGUUCUACAGCCACCGCUGUCGUCGCCGUCCUAGACUCCUAGAUCCGUCAGCUUAACGAGCUCCAUUCCUUCGAGGCCAGCCAUCCCGGUGUCUCAGCAGCGGCGGCGGCGGCGUCGAGCUCUUGCUUUCUGUGGGAGGACGCAUGGCGAUGUCUGCGGGGCGUGGGCUCUUGGUCCUCUUCUUCUCUGCCGCCGUAGUGGCUGAGCUCGCCUCUGCCGCGAACGGUCCUUUCCUGUCCGAUAGCGUCUUCCAGUCGAGCGCCGGAUCUACAGGGAGGAGCUUGCUGCAGGCCAAGAAUAGUUGCCCUGUGAACUUUGAGUUCCAAAACUACACAAUCAUCACAAGCAAGUGCAAAGGACCGAAGUUUCCAGCCAGCCAAUGCUGUGCCGCACUCAAGGAAUUCGCGUGCCCUUUUAACAAUUACCUCAAUGACGAGAGCAAUGAAUGUGCAUCGACAAUGUUCAGCUACAUCAACCUCUAUGGCAAGUAUCCACCAGGUCUGUUUUCCAGCGAGUGCAAAGAAGGCAAGAUGGGGCUUUCUUGCGCAGAUGUCCCCCGGAAGGACAGUUCCACUGCAAACAGUGGUUAUCGCGCCCAAAGCAGCUUGCUUGCGUUGAUUACUGUCUUGAGCGUGGUAGCAGCGUUGUUCUACUGAACUACAGCUCCAUUCAUUUCCCACAAAGAUGGUGUGUUACAACUGUUGAGGCUUGAGUUGCACCUUUUGGUGCUUAUGGGUUGGCUUCCUGAUUCUUUCUUUUGAGAGCAACUCCAAUAGUUAUAUAAAUUUUAGCCCUCUAAACCACAGAUUUAAGAAGUUGCUAAAUAACUUUGAGAGUAAAAAAAUAUGAGUUCUCACAUAGUUCUCUAAAUAUAUGUUGUAGUUUUAUUUUGUAUUUAUUCACAUAAAAAAAAUAAGUCACAAAUGUCAUCAAUUACCUUCAUUAUCUACAUAAUGCAGCCAACAUUUUUUAUUUAACAAGUUGCAAAUGGUUGUCAAAUGUAGAAAGGAAAUGAGGUUAGAUGAGAAGUUGCUAAAUUUAGGAAGUUCAUUUAGAGAACUGUUGGUGAGUAGUUUUUAUGUUAACUGCCUAAAUUAUUGAUUUAGAAAGUCUUUUAGAUAACUACUGGUUUGACAACCCCAUUUUUUCCAAUGUAAUUCAUUGCUUGCUGCAUAUUUCCUGAGUUCGAUUUGAUCUGUCAGUGUCAAUGUUAGCUUGUGUCUCAGUUAACGGUGUCAUUCUAUUGUGAGUCCCGUUGUGAUAAAUUUGGACAAGUAUAUAUAUGUCGGUUAUAAUUCGUAUGAAUGGUUAGCUUGUUUAUGUUGGGUCCGAGGAAUGUAAUCGAUGGUUCACCGUUCCUCUGGAAAAUGUUGUGUUUGCAAUUUAGAGAGUAUUGUUGCAAUGACUAUUAUGUUUGACAACAAAAUACUC